AUGGAGUCCCAUUAUAAAAAACUCUUCAAGGUGGUUUCCAGACCGACACGCGCGGGCUCAAGACUUAUUGUUCUGUCUGCUGUUUUAGUUGUCGGUAUCACGUUGCUGGUAGUCUCUGCGUCGUUUUUCUAUACCGACUCCAACGUGAUUACAGACACGUCCAAGACCAUCAUUGGCCAGUCCAACGGACUGACAGACAAAAUCUCCAAUCUGUGGCAGGGCUCUGGCAGUCAUGCCAACAUCGAUCACGAGAUCUUGACGUAUCCCCAGAUCGAGGAUGCACUCACUUUCAAGCAGACCUCCGAUAAGAGACGUUCGGAGAUUGUCAAGGACAACAUGGAAUUUUACCACGACUUUUUCGAUAAGGAGAUAAGUGAGCCUAAGAAGGGCACGUUGGCGCGCGCCCCUGCUCAGGGUGCCGACUACGAUCGUGCCAAUGCCACACUGUUGGUUCUCGUGAGGAACGAAGAGCUCAACCAACUGCUUCACACCAUCAGACAGAUUGAGGAGCACUGGAACAGCAAGUUCCACUACCCUUACACUUUCGUGAACGACCAGGAAUUCUCAGCCAAAUUCAAGCAAUCUGUGAACGCUGCCACCUCUGGCAAGUGCAACUUUGUGGUGAUUCCCAAGGAAAUCUGGGAUCCACCUGCCAAUAUCGACAUGGACAAGUUGUUCCACGAGAUCGAUAUCAUGGAGGAGCAACAGAUCAACUACGCGGGAAAAUUAUCGUACAGAAACAUGUGCCGUUUCAACUCUGGCUAUUUCUACCAAUUGGAUUUCUUGAAGCAAUUCAAAUGGUACUGGAGAUUCGAACCUGGCACCAAUUACUUUUGUGACAUUGACUACGAUUUAUUCAAGUUUAUGGAAGAAAACGACAAGACAUAUGGGUUCGUGAUUUCUCUUUAUGAUGCUCCACAAACUGUCGAAACACUUUGGCCUGUGACCUUGGAUUACGUGAAGAAGAACCCACAGUUCGUCCACCCUAACGGUGCUUUCAAGUGGUUGACUGAGAACUUGCAAAACCCAUGGCACGCACGCGCUACGGAGGGUUACUCUACGUGUCACUUCUGGUCUAACUUUGAAAUUGCCAAUAUGGACUUUUACAGAGGCGAGGCUUACAGUGGCUGGAUCAAAUCUCUGGAGGAAAAUGGUGGUUUCUACUACGAGCGUUGGGGAGAUGCCCCAGUCCAUUCCGUUGGUAUUGGUCUCUUCGAGGAUAAGGAUAAGGUGCACUGGUUUAGAGAUAUUGGCUACGAGCACUCACCCUACAAGAACUGUCCAAAGUCUGACAAGUGCUCUGGUUGUUCUGCAGGUGAUUUCGGUCCUGGUUCUCUUGACGACCAGAACUGUAUGUCCAACUGGAUCAAGCUUGAAAUGAGCAAUGAGCAACUGGCAUGGUACUGA